CUGUGAAACCGGCGGAGUUUAGGAUCCUACCGGACACACUGUACAAUAACGCCGUUGUGCCGUGUUGGUGGGCCGACUGCAAGCCUGAAGAAGCACACUGUGGCGGGACAUAAAACGCAAUUUAAUCCAUUGGCAGGCUUAAAUCCCACUUUUUGUCUGGGUGUACUCUGGUGCUCGGUGCCGGACGGCUCUCGAUUGGGAUAAAACGGACAAAAAAGGCCUGGACGUGGAGGGAUGAAAAUGAAGCACUGAAGUGUCAAUCAGAGAACGCGACUAGCAUGCUUUUCAGCUGGAGCUUUAUGGGUGUGACAGGAUGAAACGCCUCAGGACCCCCAGCAGCAGCGACACCUCUGACAAUGAGAGUCCCUCAACGUCCUUCUGCUCAUCCAACAAGUAUGGCAGCAAACCGGGCACCCCGGCUCCGGACCCGAAGAAACCGGCUGAAGUGUUCCGAAAAGACCUGAUCAGUGCCAUGAAGCUGCCCGAUUCUCACCACGUGCCCUCGGAGGACUACUACCUGCUGGCCGACUCCUGGAAGCAGGAGUGGGAGAAAGGGGUCCAGGUUCUGGCCAGUCCGGACACCAUUCCGCAGGCAUCUGUCAGGAUAAUAGUUGAGAAGUCCAAAGAGGUUCUGUACAGCCACCAGAGAAAGUACAUUCAGUGUUCCAGCCAGGAGACGACAGAACCAGGCUACGUCAACAUCAAGGAGCUGGCGGAGACCAUGUGUCGCUAUGACCUGGAUGACGUGGACCUCUACUGGCUGCAGAGCCUCAACAGAGAACUGCUUUGCAUGGGGGAGAACCCCCUAGACGAGCUGACGAUGGAGCGCACCAUGGAGACGCUGGAGGCUCAGUGUCACGACAGCAUGAAGCACGCCAUCGAGACGGUGGAAGGUUUGGGCAUCGAGUACGACGAGGAUGUGGUGUGUGACGUGUGCCGCUCGCCCGACAGCGAAGAGGGCAACGACAUGGUGUUCUGCGACAAGUGCAACAUCUGCGUGCACCAGGCCUGUUACGGCAUCGUCAAAGUCCCAGUGGGAAACUGGCUGUGCCGCACAUGCGUCCUCGGCAUCGACCCGCAGUGCCUCCUGUGUCCGAAAAAGGGCGGGGCCAUGAAGGCAACACGGGCAGGCACCAAGUGGGCACACGUCAGCUGCGCUCUGUGGAUCCCUGAGGUCAGUAUCGCCUGUCCUGAAAGGAUGGAGCCCAUCACCAAAGUGUCGCACAUUCCACCCAGUCGCUGGUCGCUCAUCUGCAGCGUCUGCAAGGUCAAGACGGGCGCGUGCAUCCAGUGCUCGGUGAAGAACUGCACCACUCCUUUCCAUGUGACCUGCGCCUUCGAGCACAGCUUGGAGAUGAAGACCAUCCUGGACGAGGGCGACGAGGUCAAGUUCAAGUCCUACUGCCUCAAACACAGCAAGCCCAAAACAGGCGAGGCGGGUCUGAGCCCGGCACGCUCCAAGGCACCCUGCGACUCGGCCAAGGUUGGCCAGCGGGCUCAGCGGCUCCAGGAGUUGGAGGAAGGCUUCUACGCGCUGGUCCAGCCGGACGAGGUGUCACGGGCCGUGGGACUCUCACAACGCCUGGUGGACUUCAUCUACCAGUACUGGAAGAUUAAGAGGAAGAGCAACUUCAACAGAGCCCUUCUGGCGCCCAAAGACGAUGAAGAGAACCUGGUCCUGCAGCCUCAGGAGGACAGCAUCCACACGCGCAUGCGCAUGUUCAUGCACUUGCGCCAGGACCUGGAGAGGGUGAGAAACCUCUGCUACAUGGUGAGUCGCCGUGAGAAGCUGAAACUUCUGCAGAGUAAAGCCCAGGAGCAGAUGUUCAACUUGCACGUGACCCUCAUGAGCCAGGAGAUCUCCGCCGGCCUUGCUGCUUCCUUCCCAGUGGAGAGUCUCCUCUUCCGGCCUCCUCCCAGGAUCACGCUGAAACUGAAAAUGCCAAAAUCCUCGUCUUUGGCACACGGGAACGGUAGUUCCAAAUCCGUCAACGGGCCUUUGUGCCCGGACAACAGCGGGAACGUUUCAGAGCGCGGCAGCGAGGGUAUGGGUCAGGGGAAGCCUCAGCUGCACGGACACGCCCGCAGGGAGGAGCGCGCCAACGGCCGCCUGACAGGCUCGGUGUUGGCUAUUAAGCCCACGGGGAAACCGCUGGCCCUGCACGCCGCCCUCCACGGCCACUCGUCCAACGGCAGAGCGGAGCAAGAGCGAGCGUCCAAAAACGGCCUCCUGGAGAAGCUGGUGGCUCAGAAGGACAGUUUGUGUCAGACUCCUGGUGAGCGGGACGCUCCCAAGCAGACUUUGGACAAAGGGGCUUUUGGUAAGUCUGCCAUGGAGCACUUUGGCAGGUCCUUCAAGGAGGCCACCAUGAACUUGGUACGGACCACGGAAGACCUGCGGGUGUCUGACAAGCUGACCCGGAAGGAGAGACUCUGGACAAAGUCGGCGUCGGAACACAAAACCAACAACAUGUGUUUGUACCACGACAGCGACGGCUACUGCCCUGACCUGGAGCUCAGCGACUCUGAGCCCGAGGCGAAGGGGAGGCACCGGCGCCAGGCUGGGCCCUCUCUGCCGCCAGACACGGCGAGGCGAAGAGGGGGCGGCCAGAAGGGUGCCGCGAAGCAGUCGCUGGGCAUCACACACCGCGUGCAGAGGUGACGGCAAAUUGUCUGUUGACCGAUUCAAAGUUAGUGUUAUUUUUUUUUGUACUUCGCACAACUUUAUACUGAACAGCCCCUGUCCCCCUUCCUUGCACAGGAUUGGUUAGAAAUAACUAUGGCCUCCAUUUUAACUGCCAGCGUCUUUCUCGCACUUUUUAUAAGUUGCCUUUUGUGUGUAUCGGGCUUCUCAGGGCAUUGAAUCGAUCGCAUUCACACAUCUUCAACGCAAUAGUCAUUUAUUGACAGUCCCUAGCUAGUAUGAGGUGGGGGACUACAUAGCACCAGCGGCACCACUGUUGCCACGAAGACGAAUACAGCUGCCAAUGUGAAACUAGCUUCAACAAGAUGAACGGAGUAACACUCGGCGUGGGGUCUGGUCAGCUUCCUUGCUAAAGCUAGCGUUAACAUGAGGUAAAUUACACAGCAUUACAUUAGCCGGAUAUUUGAGUUGGCCUCGUGUUUGCUGCUUCAAUGUUGGCAUAAGAUGGACGUUGUUUGUUGUUUAGCUUACCUGAUUGGUUAGAUGAAGUCUGGUGUUUUUGCAGACAGCUGUGUGGGGAUGGGGAUGGUGCAGGAUCCAGCGUAUACGGCUUCUUCCCGUCAACUGCGGUGGCAUAUCCAUCGUGUCUGAACAGUUGUCGUUUGAGUUGAUGUGUCGAUAUCUUGACAGUCGUCUUGCACCACCAAACAUGUUCUUGUUUUGGUGUGGCUCCAUAAAUACUUUUGGAUCCUGUGUUGUCCUCCUCUCAGACUAGAGCUGCUCGGAUGAGACUGAAACGUAUCCUAGGACAAUCUGAGUUGCGAUCGAUUCAGUGCCGUGACAGUACAAUAACCCGGAUGAAAUGAGAACAUUCACAGACAUCCCCCCUCCUAAAUGGUAAUUUAAACAGGAAUCAGAUGCAUGAAAAUGUAGUCACUGUGGUUGUCUUAUUGUUGCUGUAGCAACAACACAAAGGGGAAUGUGCCAAAUCAAUAUCUGUGCAAGUGGGACAAGAUGAUGGCGGUCCUCAUGCAGUUCUGGAGCACUAACAUUUAAAACAGGACCGGUUCUGGGUGUGAGGAUCAUGUUGGCGAUGGAGUUUUGUCACAGUCUGACUGAAUCAGUCGUCUCAUAUUGGCUGCCUUCUCUCUUUUGUCACACUGAUUUGAUAAUAAAAAAGGAAAUUGAGACUGUUUGUUUUUAUUA